AUGGGAUAUGCUGUUGGCGACGAGAACGAUAAAGUCGACAGUUGUAACGGGGAUAAUGCUAAGGAGGAUGGUAACGGUAUUGAAUACAAGUGCAACGGUAUGGAGUGCAACGGUGACGAGGACAAUGAUAACGAGGACAACGGUAACGAGGACACCGAACUGUUGGACUCAGAGUGGGCGCGUCAACUUAUCGCGUCGCAGUGGAGCAUCCGAAUUGGCGUUCCGCAAGUGAUGACGACCGGCGGACAGAGCUCCGCCAGGAGCGGCGUAGCAGUAACGGACUGUGAAAAUACGGAAGGCUAUUGUGAAACUGCGAAAGGCGUUCCAGCAACCACCUCUGAUGGUGUGAACUCAGGUGAUGGUGCAGCUCGAGUGAAGCAGCCUGUGUUGAAGCAAGAAGCGCGGGUGAUGUCUUCUGGGAGUCGCUGUAACCAGGGAGCAGUCGCCUUAAUCACAUCGACCCAUGCGCCAAAGACGUCACGGCUGGCGAACUCUAUGGCGUCUCAGGGCCAUGGCAGUGCUACUGCUGACAGCUGCCGUGGGAGCAGCCAUGGGAGCUGCAAAGCCGCCGUCUCAAAGCAGCACUUGGCGUCUCAGAGCCACGGCAGUGCCACUACUGCUGGCAGCUGCAAUGGCGGCUGCAAAAGCGGCGUCUCAAAGCACCAGGCACACGGUGGGGGGAAAGUCGUGCACAGUGGGGUAAGUAACCCGCACAAUCUGGGGCACAUCGGAACAGUAGCCAGCAUACGGUUGAGGCAGCUCACUACAGCAGCAGCGGCGGGCAGAACCGCAGUAUCAAGUGCACCUGCAGCCUUCCCCAGAGCAGCAGCCGUUACUGCUGUCGCCCCCACAGCAGGAACACCGAAGCCUAGCAAGCUGCAGCAGCAGAAACAGCAAGUCGGCGAUCCCCCCUUUUCACGUAAAGAGUCCGCUCGGCAGGAGGCUGAGGAGAGGUUUAAAAAAUACAUGCAGAAACCAACUCGGGUAGAACACGUCUCACCACCCAGCCCAACCCUUCGCUCUCCUUCCACCCUGGACCUUCGCUCACCUCCCAGCCCGUCUCUUCGGUCCCCUCCGAGUCCGUCCCUUCGCUCUCCUCCCAGCCCGGGUCUUCGCUCCCCUCCCAAUACGCCCGUUCUCUCCCCGUCACCACCGCCCUACCCGCGCACGCAUCGCCCGGUGGGAUUACACCGUUGCUCGCACUCCAGCCUCCCAGCCAUGUCUCUUGAUGACCAUCUUCUCACCCAUGCUGCACUGACAGUCGCCCUCUCGCGCUCGCUGGCUGAGUGCGAGGAUAGCAGAGAGUGCGAGGAUAGCAGAGAGUGCGAGGAUAGCAGAGAGUGCGAGGAUAGCAGAGAGUGCGAGCGGCACAUGCUCAGGCACGAGCAGAGCCGACUUGACGUGCUUAAGCAUUACAGGCGCCCAUCUGCGACCCCUGUGAGCAGCCCUCAAAUACGCCUCGUAACUUCAGAGUCGAUGCAAAGGUCAGUUGCAAGCCCGGAAAGCACCCCUCGGCCCAGCCUGGUUACAGUGCCUUUAUCGAGUCCACGAUUGUCAAAUCCGCUGUCAUCCCAGCAGGCUGGUCAGCAGCCCAGCAGUCAGCCGCCCAGCAGUCAGCAGCCCAGCAGUCAGCCGCCCAGCAGUCAGCCGCCCAGCAGUCAGCAGCCCAGCAGUCAGCAGCCCAGCAGUCAGCCGCCCAGCAGUCAGCAGCCCAGCAGUCAGCAGGCAUGUCUCUACAGCCUCUCGCCUCCAUCGCCAGCUAGCUGGACAGCUGCUUCCCGCCGCGGUGUGGACCGAACACGGUCUCUCGGCACGUCUGCGCUGCAGAUACGGUCCUCUGACAUGCCAUCGCCUGUGCCGCAGUCGCGUUCGCUUGACAUUACACCUUCCAUGCUGCAGACGCCCCCACUUGACACGCCAUCGCCUGUGCCGCAAUCACGUUCGCUGGACAUCCCAACUUCCUUGCAGCAGGACCAUUUGCUGGACAUGCCAUUGCCUGUGCCGCAGCAUUCUGGCAUGCCGCUCCUGCUCUUUCCAACUCCUGCUCGUCCCUUGGUCUGCACACCAGCAGCAAUGCUCUCGGAGUUUGCACCAAGGGUGCUGAUAUCCAGGCAAGACGAGGAGGGGACGGUGCUGGAAAGAGCAGCAGCAGCAGCAGCAGCAGCAGCAGCAACAGCAGGGUGUUAUCAAAGGGCAAUAGCAGCAUUUCACCCUCAGUACCUGCAAGACACAGACGCUGGCUGUCACAGUCAAGCCUUCCUCAGUUUGGGCUCAGCUUUUGCGAGCAUGCGCCACAGGCAGCAGACUCAGCAGCUUUAG